CCGUCUUUAUUAUUCUCUCUCUCUCUCCCCUCCCUAGAAUUCUCUUUUUUUACCCAAAUUUUGCCUAACCAAAUUGCAAUCCGGCGUAAUAUUUGGAUUUUAUUAAUUUGAGAAUUGAAUUGAAGUUUGGCUGAAGAGUUGGGAUUAGGAAAUAAUUUUCUAAUUAUUUGGCUAAUUUUGCUCUUUGAUCGGAAGGGGUAGGUUUUGAAGACGUAUGAGCUGGUUGGUAAAGCUGGGUUUUUCUUCGAAUUCCUACCAUUUCAUUACCUGCCUUCUCAUUUUCGUUCACCAUUACUCCAAAACCAUUACCUCCUUGUUAUUCAUUUUAUUGUUAAGAUUAUCCAAGUUAUUAUUGAGAUUAAAUUUUAGUGGUCCGAGUGCUUUUAGCUCUGGUUGUUAUAUCAAUCAUCACCGAUCGUCGUCGAAUGGGAAUCAUGGAGUAUGGGGACAAGAGUAAUCGCCAAUUGCAAAGAGCUAUUUGCUAUUCGGAUGUUGAAAAGAGGGAUAGUGCCUCACCAUCUGUCAUCGUGAUAGGUGGUGGCACUGCUGGCAUUGCAGCUGCACGAGCUCUUCAUGAUGCUUCUUUUCGGGUUGUCCUGUUGGAAUCACGGGAGAGAAUUGGGGGUCGAGUUCACACCGAUUACUCUUUUGGUUUCCCUGUUGACUUGGGUGCAUCAUGGUUACACGGUGUUUGCAAGGAGAAUCCACUAGCGCCUGUUAUUGGAAGACUGGGACUUCCCCUCUAUCGAACUAGUGGCGACAAUUCGGUUCUCUAUGAUCAUGACUUAGAGAGUUAUGGCCUGUUUGAUAUGGAAGGAAAUCAAGUUCCUCAGGAAUUGGUCUCGAAGGUUGGUGAGACAUUUGAGAGCAUUUUGAAAGAGACAGAUGUAGUAAGACAAGAAUUCAGCGAGGACAUGUCUAUAUUCCGUGCAAUCUCAAUUGUUUUCGAAAGGAGACCAGAUUUGAGGUUGGAGGGACUUGCUCAUAAGGUGUUGCAAUGGUAUAUAUGCAGAAUGGAAGGGUGGUUUGCGGCAGAUGCUGAUACCAUCUCUCUCAAAUGCUGGGACCAGGAAGAAUUGCUUCCAGGUGGGCAUGGACUUAUGAUCCGGGGCUAUAUUCCGGUCAUUAAUACGCUCGCUAAAGGUCUUGAUAUCAGGCUGGGCCAUAGAGUAACCAAAAUAGUUAGACGUUAUAAUGGAGUGAAAGUAACAGUUGAAGAUGGGAGAACAUUUAUAGCUGAUGCUGCCAUUGUUGCUGUUCCUCUCGGUGUUCUGAAAUCAAAUUGCAUCAAAUUUGAGCCAAGAUUACCUGAAUGGAAGGAAGCAGCCAUCAAUGAUCUGGGGGUUGGGAUUGAAAACAAGAUAAUUUUGCACUUUGAAAAGGUUUUUUGGCCCAAUGUAGAGUUCUUGGGAGUUGUUGCUGGGACUACUUAUGAGUGCAGUUAUUUUCUUAAUCUACACAAGGCCACUGGACAUUCUGUCCUUGUUUACAUGCCUGCUGGGCAACUAGCCCGUGAUAUAGAGAAAAUGUCGGAUGAGGCUGCUGCUAAUUUUGCUUUCACACAGCUUAAAAGAAUCCUUCCAAAUGCUUCUGCACCGAUACAGUAUCUUGUUUCUCACUGGGGCACGGACAAAAACUCGCUAGGCUCCUACAGCUAUGAUACAGUAGGGAAACCUCACGAUCUGUACGAGAGGCUAAGGAUUCCUGUAGACAACCUUUUUUUUGCCGGGGAAGCUACAAGUACGGAGUACCCUGGGUCUGUCCAUGGUGCAUACUCCACUGGAUUAAUGGCCGCUGAAGACUGCAGAAUGCGUGUUCUGGAGCGGUAUGGAGAGUUGGAUUUGUUCCAGCCAGUCAUGGGUGAGGAGAAUCCUUUCUCUGUUCCUUUAUUGAUAUCGCGAAUGUAAACCUUAACCAUUGUGACAUGGGUAGUGGCUAACAUAUUAUGCUGACUGUUUUGUGAGAAAUAGUGGAAAUCAAAAGAUUUCCCGAAGAAUGAUCAAAGCAUCAGAUGAUGUGUAUAGUCUAUCUUCCCUUAUCAUAUUAUGGACCACUGAAUUAUGAUAUUGUAUUAAGCUAUUAUAGGAACUAUGGUGUUUUGUCGCUGAACAAAACAACCCGUAUGAAACUAUUUUGUUUAGCAUGCUUGUAUGAAACUAUUAUUUCAAAUAAAUGACUUCAUUGUGGAGUCGUGGAUAUGGACGUUUGAAUUA